AUGGCAGACACCAUGCAAGCCGUCGUCUUCAAAGGCCCGUUGCAAGUGGCACUGGAAUCCCGUCCGGUGCCUCAAAUAGUGGACCCAACUGAUGCCAUUAUUGCCGUCCGAUUUACCGCGCUCUGCGGAAGGCGACUUCAUGUCUUCCGCGGUCAUCAACCAUCGGGGACAGGCUUUAUCAUGGGCCAUGAAUUCACCGGCGAAAUCCUCGAAGUCGGUGCUGAAGUUCAUAAAUUCAAAAAAGGCGACCGCAUCGUCUCUCCCUUCACCACUAACUGCAACAACUGCUUCUAUUGCCUCCGCGGCUUUUCAUCCCGCUGCGCCCGCGGAAAGUUGUACGGGAGUGCGGUCCUGGACGGAGGUCAAGCGGAAUAUGUUCGCGUUCCGCUCGCCGAUGCAACGCUGGUAUCUGCCCCAACGACAAUUGAUGAAAAGAAAUUGGUAUUGAUGGCAGAUAUCUUCCCGACGGGGUACUUUGCUGCCAAAAACGCGUUCCGUAUCGUGGAUGAGCGGGAGAUCUUGGAAAGUACGGUCCUCCUGUUCGGAUGUGGCCCUGUGGGCAUUUGCGCGUUGAUCAGUGCUCUUGAGUGGAAACCAAAGCAUUUGAUUGCCAUUGAUAGUGUUCCGUCCCGAUUGGAGCUGGCAAAGAAUCUCGGUGCAGAGCCGUGGAAUUUCCAGACCGAUGCAGAUGGGCUUCGUCAGCGUGUGAAGGAGCUGACUGAGGGGCGGGGAGCAGAUAUUGCCAUCGAGGUGGUGGGUCAUAGUAGCGCUCUACGCAUGGCUUUUGAUCUCCUUCGUCCGUGGGGUAUUAUCAGUAGCGUUGGUGUUCAUAACCAGGAGAUUCCAUGGAGUGGUAAUGAGGCGUAUGGGAAGAAUUUGCGCAUCCAGAUGGGUCGGUGCCCGGUGCGAAGUACAUUCGAGGAAGCGUUGAAUCUUUUGGUUCAAAAGCAGGAUUUUCUUAACUUUAUGGUUGCGGAUAUUCGACCGCUCUCCCAGGCGAUUCAAGCGUAUGAUGAUUUUAAUGAAAUGAAAUCUCAAAAAAUUAUCUUUGAGGCAGGGAAAUGA